GCCAUACAGACGACUUACUUGACCAUAUCGUAAGCGCUCGGGGGAACUACGUUGCAGCGCGGAUGGUGGAAAAUGAACGGGAAAUGAGUGAAUACGCGAGCUUUUGCAGCCAUGUCGUUUUACAGAUCUUUAAUACCAGCCUUCAAAAGUAUACAUUUAAAAAAAUUACCGAGCUUCCAGAAAUAUGCGUCUUGCAUUCUAAUAGGUCCAUACUACUACACGAUGUUAUGAAAAAAGUCUUGGUGUAACUUGGCUGCAGCGUAACAACUGAUCGCAAACAAAACAUUCAAGCUUAUCCAGAACUUUGACAAGUUUAGGGAUGAGUAGUAGUAGUAGUGAUAACAGUCAGAAUUAUGACAGUGGAGAGGUUGGGCAGUCCUUCAAAGGGGCGGGUGUUGGACACUUACAGAAUACUAGUGUGGCUGGCAUAAUUGGUACACAUUCUUUAGCAAUUGACACAAAUAUUGGACAACAUAUUGUAAAUAGGAGUGUUGCCCAGCAACAGCAACAACAGCAGCAACCGGAUUCACAGUCAUCCCAGUUUGUUCAUCACUCGUUCCCAGUUAAUGCUUAUAGCCAUUUUCAGUUUGAUGGCUUCAGGCCUCCAGUACAAGCUCACCCGCCGACAACAAGACUUGGACCAAUCAGAGAUUUCAUCAAUAUUGGGCAGGAUUUGUCGCAGGGGAGUAGUGCCAAUCAGCAGCGACAUUCCGGGAAUUACCCCAGCUCAACUGUGUAUGCUGAAAUUCCCAAUGCACAGCUUGUUUACACAAAAGCUGAUUCUAAUAAAAGAAUGGAAAGGUUUGCUACAAGUGGUAGAGAUGCUCUAGAUGCUUCUUUGCCUCAUCUUCUCUCUGGUAUGACUCAACAUUCCAUUAACAAUCAGUAUUUAACCAGUGAUGGACAAGCUAAAGACAUUGAUAGUCAAACUCUCGCCUCUCUCACAGAGCGUGGCGACAGUGAGAAAUCAACACGUAUACAAACAUCAACAUCCAUAUCUGAAAAUAUCGGCAAUAGCUUGGUUUCAGACAAAGCCCUUUCUCCACUGUCAGUGAUUCCGGUCACUUAUGCUGAACCUAGUCAAGAGAGCCCUGCAUCGCUGUCAUACAGUAAUACUCCCCCUUUAUCAAAUCAACAACUUCGUUCUUAUCGACCAGCUGCUGAUCAGAUGUUGAGCGCCCUCAAUUACAAUGAUGAUCACCUAUUGCACGAUAGUGGACUGAUGGGAGAUACCGCCACUCCUAAUACGCUGGGCGGUUUAGAGGACACUUUGCUUAAUGUGGGAGGAGGCGGAGGAAUGCGAAUUAGCGAUAACCAGAGUACACUCGACUCCAAUCCUGCCAGCGUGAAUAACGAAACUUUUGAUUUGUUUGUGGAAGAUGAACCCUCUGUGGACGAUAGUAACUAUAUUUCUGAAUCACAGAAUACACUGCCAUUGUCUCCUCAAACAUUUAGUACAGAAGCAGACACUGGAGCUAAUUUUGCGUCAAUGACAACUUCCCUCAGUGGUAGUAGUAGCAGUGUUGUCAGUGUCGUCACUGACAAUGACCUCAAUCCAGGUGGUGGCAAUUCAUCCAGUUCCCUUAGCUCUCCAAGAACUGGCACUCUCAGUGAUAAGGGAGCUAAUGGAGAGAGUAGACCAAAAGCCAAAAAAGGUCGACCAAGAAGUGGUCAGAGUGGACCAAGAUCUCUUGCCUGUCCAGAGUGUGGUAAAGUGUUCAGCAGUUCCAGUGCAUUAGCCAAACAUAAAUUAAUUCAUAGUGAUGAAAGAAAGCAUGUCUGUCAGUUAUGCGGUAAAGGAUUUAAACGACAAGAUCACUUGUCAGGACACAUGUUAACUCAUCGAACUCAGAAACCUUACGGUUGCUCCGUACCAGGAUGCGAAAAAAGUUACUGUGAUGCACGUUCGUUGCGACGGCACAUGGAAUCCCAACAUUCAGGGGGCAGUUCAUCAGUUAUAGCUACUGUGGGACACACAACAGAUCAACAUAACGCUUUUUCAUUACCUGGAAAUUUUCCUGAUGUGAACCAUGGCUUUUCAAGCGAUGAAGGAGGCAAUAAAAUGGAGCAAAGGGCUUCAUCGAGUGCUGCAUUACAGAUAUUUGCCAGGGUUGCGCAGGAACAGAUGCAUACUGAUAAAACAGGUGACAAUACAGUAACUAAACCUGAAUUGUACAUGGAUUCCUAUUUGCCAGGACAUACAUAUGAACAGGGACACACUAACCAAGAAAAUAUUGGGAAAUUUCCUACAGGUGCCGGUGGAGCGUAUCCAGCUGGAGUGCCCGGUGGAUUUCCAAGAUUUGACACGCCACACAGGUAUGGAGUGCCAACUAGUAAUCAUCCUUGGCGACCAACAUUUCAAUUCCCUGGGGACAAGGAUGAUAACUGUGUGGAGUGUUCAGUGUGCAAGAAGACUUUCAAAAGUGUACCUGCCUUAAAUGGGCAUAUGCGACUACAUGGUGGCUACGAGAGGAACAAACCAGCAGAUGGAAAGCCAAAAGAGCAAGAUAGCCAAACACAAGACAGACAAGAACACAAGGAACAAAUGGUAAGGCAUCAACAACAUUUGCAACAACAACAACAACAACAACAGCAGCAGCAACGACAACAACAGCAGCAGCAACAGCAACAACCACAACAACAACAUCAGCAGCAGCAGCAGCAGCAACAACAACAACAACAGCAACAUCACCAACAGCUGCCACCACAGCAGUCUCAUCUUGUAAUCAAGGAUGAGCAGUCAGGACAUCAGCAACCGCAGCAACCACAGCAGCAUUUUGAAACCCAGAAUCAGCAUGAUUUAAAGCAGGAAGAGAUAGAAUACAAACAACAGAUUGAACAGCAAAGACAACGAUUAGAACAACAAAAUCAACAACUACAGCUUGAGCAACAAAGGCAACAACAGCUGCAGUUGGAAGGACAGAGACAACAACAACUACACCUUGAACGACACAGGCAGCAGCAAACCCAACAAGCUCAGCAACAAGCUCAAUUGGAAGAGCAGAGACAACAGCGUCAACUUCAACUUGAAGGUCACAGACUGCAACAGCAGCUUCAAAUUGAAGGCCAGCGACAACAGCAGCAAAUUCAACUUGAAGGCCAUAGACAGCAGCAACAGCUUCAACUUGAAAGGCAACAUCAAGUGCAUAAAAAAACUGAUCAGCUUGUAGAAGAACAUGGAAAACAACACAUAGAAAUGGAGCAACAUCAGCAGCUACACUUGGGAGCACUGCAACAACAACAGCGACAACAACAAAUUGAAGAAAGGCAACAACUGCAAGUAGACAAGGCACAGCAAUUACAAAUUGAAGAACAGAGACAGCAACUACAGUUGUUAGGGCAGCAGCAGCAACAACAACAGCAGCUACAACUGCAAAUUGAACAAAGAAAUCAACAACAACAACAACAACAACAGCAGCAGCAACAACAACAACAGAGAAAACAACAGCAAUUAGAGCAACAGAGACAACAGGUUGAUCGUCAAAGACAACUGCAAUUAGAACAACGAAGACAAGAAAUAGAAUCCCAACUACAACAGCCUCUUCAAGAGUCGCAGUUUCCAUUGUCAAUGGAUAUGACUCCACCUCAGUUUCCCUCAUCAACUCUGCCAUUCAGCUUUGGUUUACAGGAUUCCCACCAAUUCCCCUCAAAUAUUAGUAACAUGCCUAUUAGCACAACUACGUCGGAAGCUAUCCGACGAUUUAUCAAAACUGAAGUGCAAAAACCUGCGGAAAACAUUCCAAACAAUAACAAUAAUCCAUUUUUAUCCCAAAAAGAGUGUCUUUCAUUAAAUGGUGAGCCUCCGGUAUUAAAGAGGGAAGUGAGCGAAGAAAACCCUAUCAACCUGGCUGCUGCAAUAAAAGAUCAGUCAAAGAAAUGUCAGGAAGACGAGAGCAUAAAUAAAUCUAAUACAUCACAAAGUUCAUCAUCCCAAAAAGAUGUGUUCCGCAAUCCCGCUCAUUUGCCGGCGAGUCCCGCCAAGAAGCGUCAUCGUCCAGAUCCAAUUAUCAUCCCCUCUUAUGUCAAUACAGGAAUGGCUGGAAGUCCACAUAUCUAUCAGAGUCAAAUGAGAUCACCCAGGGACUUUGGUAAAACGAUAAAAGGCAUGACGCCUCCUCCGUAUACUCCACCACCAAUGCUGAGUCCAAUUCGCAGUGGGUCUGGUCUCUACUUCAAUCUUAACUCCAGCGGUAGCUUUGUUAGUCUCUUAACACCCAGGUCUGCUGCAGUCAUACCUCCACUGACGCCGAAGACACCAAGUAUGUUACAGUUACACAGGCAAAGUUCAACAGGUGUUGCGGAGGAAUCUGAAAUGGUGUAUGUGGAACCUAAAAUAAAUGUUGGUGAAGAAUAUCAAGCUCAGAUCCCGGCUUUAUGUGGUACAAAGAAUGAUCUAAAAGCAGUACCUGACAAAGAAACGUUAGUUUGGCACCCUAAUGAUGAUGAAUUAUAUGAAGAGGAUCAAGUUGACAGUUUUCUGGACUUUGCAUGUUCUGCUGCUGUACCUGGUGGAGCGUCAAACUCUGAAUAUGCUGUACACUGUUUGCACAGGGCAAAAGGCGAUAUGGCGCUGGCGUUGAGUAUGGUAAUGACCAAGACUCCUGUGUUGACAGAAUUGGAUCCAAUGAAAGAUUACCAUUACACAUGGUCAAUUCCUUGGACAAAGAAAGAGAGAAUAGCAUUCAAACAUGGUUACCGGGAACAUGGCAAGGAUUUUCAUCUUAUACAGAGUGAAGUCAAAACAAAAACAGUUCAAGACUGUGUCGAGUAUUAUUAUAAAUGGAAAAAGCUUUUCCCAAGAACUGCAUAUGGUGAAGAUAAAUUUGAUGACAAAUUCUAUCAUGUCCGGACGCGGUUGACAAAAGCACAAGAACUUGAACUUUAUGAGGAUGAUGCAACUGACUCUGAGCCUGAAACUUUUACAAAGGACUCUGAAAUGUCAGAUGAAAUCUUGCCAGCAUAUCAUGACAAUUUACACUCCAAUGAAUUCUCCGAUGUUGCUGAUACAAACCACGAUAAUCACAUAUUUCACUGUGAUUUCCCAGGAUGCCAUGCUAAAUUUGCAUCUCGACAAGCCUUGAAUGGACAUAUUCGUGUUCAUGGACGAGGUGUUCCAAAGUCCUUUACUAAUAGCCAGUCAUUUGAAGUUUCUCAUGGAAGACCCUCACCACAGCCGCCAAGAAGACUAUCAUCUAGUUCUGAGUCAGUAGAUGAGUAUGAUGACAUCGAUGAAAAAACUUCACUUCCUCUAUCGCUGUCGCCACCACCACUGUCUCUACCACCACCACCACCACCACCUACAAAGCCACCACAUCGAGCACCACAUCGGGCACCUCAUCGGGCACCACCACGUCCGCCUCUACCAAUACCUCCAGGUGGGGAAGAAUUUCCAUGUAGAAUAUGUGGAAAAGUUUUUUACAAAGUAAAGAGUAGAAGCGCUCACAUGAAAAGUCAUCGAAAACCAGACGCAGAUGGCAACAAAAGUGGGAAAUCCAAACCUGCACCGGCGGUAGCGGUGAUAACUUCUAGCCAGACCAACUUUUAAAGAAGCAAAUAUGGACAUGUCCAAUUUCUAGACCUUAUCCCCCAUGUCUACAGUUUCAAAAAUCUAAUAUUUUAAUUCAUUACUGGGUUUUAAUUUCUCUAUCUUUGUUUUUCUAUAAAAAAGACUGACAGGCG